AUGGAUGCGCUCAGAAAAUUCGACAAUCUCAUCAGAGUCAAGGGCGAGUCCGAUGUUCGCAAGGUUAGCCGAUGGAUGAGUCCAGAUAUUCUCCCUGUCCUGCCUGAGAACAGAACAUUCCGCAGCAAGGAUUAUGUCGCCUACUGGUCUGCGGGUGCCAUCUGCGCCUCGUUUUGGUCCAUGGGAGGCACUGCCAUUGCCAACGGACUCAACGCCGGAGAAGCUAUUGGCGCGCUGCUCAUAGGGUCCGUCAUCUGCGCCAUUGUUGCGCAUUACUGCGGUGCCGCCGGCCUCAAAUAUCAUCUGGGUUUUCCCAUGUUGAACCGGGCAGCCUUUGGCUUGUACGGAAGCUACUUUGGUGUCUUCGUCCAGUGCUUUGUGGUGUUCAUCUACUGCGGAAUUCAGACCUACUGGGGCGGUUUGGCGGUCCAUGUCAUGCUAGCAGCUAUCUUUCCAAGCUUUCACCACAUGAAAAACACAAUCCCAUCAAGCUCAAACAUCACUACACAGGAUCUCAUUGGCACCAUUCUCUUCUUCCUCGUGUUCUUGGGUGUCCUUCUUGUUCCGCCUUACAAGAUGUACAACUUCUUCCGAGUCUCGUUCUGUGCCGUGGUCACGACCAUUCUGGGCAUGUUCAUCUGGGCUAUGGCCGCAAACCACGGAGCCGGCAAUCUUGUCGAACCUGCAAAGAAACUUUCCAAAGCGGAGACCUUCUUUGUCUUCCUUCAGACCAUUUCCAUUCUUUGCGGCAGCUUCACGGGCCAGAGUGUUCGACAUUCUGACUGGUCUCGUUACGCAAAGACGAAAAGCGCACCCUGGGCGGGAAUCUGGCUCUGCUGCCCCAUCGCUUUGACAACUUGUGCCAUGUUCGGAGUGUUUGUGACUUCUGCGGUACGACACAUGUACGGUGAAAUCAUCUGGCAACCAAUUACUCUGCUCCUUCAUAUUCAAGACACAGACUACAGCCCAGGCGCAAGAGCGGGUACCUUUUUCGGUGGCAUGGGCUGGUUCCUCAGUCAGCUGGCGAUCAACGUCUCUUCCAACUCAGUCGCCGCCGGGAUGGACUUGACCGCCAUUCUUCCGAGGUAUCUCAAUGCCCGCCGCGGAGGUUGGCUCCUCGCUUGCAUCGGCAUUGUCAUUUGUCCAUGGAACUUUGUCAACAGUGCCGGCACCUUCACCGUGGUUCUUAGCUCUUUUGGCAUCUUCGUUUCCCCCUUGACCGGAAUUGUCAUUGCAGAUUAUUGGGUUGUUCGGAAGACGAACUGGAAAGUUGGAGACCUGUAUGUUGGCAACAACACCGGGAUCUACUGGUACACGGCGGGCCUUAAUCCAAGAGCCUUUGCCGCUUGGGUUGGCAUCAUUUGGCUUUCAAUUCCUGGGUUCGCGGCGGCCAUCAAUGGCACGAGCUACGGUAUAUCCUGGGACCGAAUGAUGCAGAUCUCCUUCUUCAUUGGCUUGGUUGGCGGCUUCACCUUUUACUGUAUUUUUUGCAAGAUCUGGCCGGUCAAGGGCGCACGAGAGUUUGAAGAUAUCGACUGGGCCGUACACGGCUCUGUCGUCAUGAAUGGAUCAGAGGUUGAAGGCGACGAGCAAAAGCGCAGCGUUAACUCCGGUUCCGCAGGCAAGAUGGCGCCUCAAGAAGUGGUCUCUUCCGAUGUGUCCAAGGUCUAA